AUGGCGUCGAGGGAGAUCGACAGUAAGCUUCUUAAUUUACCUAUAAGUAAAAAAUAUCUCCACAGACCGAGAUUUAAAGUUGUGGACAGACUUUCUGUCAUACUUAAGAUUUUAGAGAGAGAGAGAAAUAUUUGUUUUAUCGUGUUAUUUAUCCUUUUACAGUUUAACAUUUCUCUAACUUUCACUUUCAGUUACAAUCAAAAUGGCGCCGAAAACAGCAGGAUUUAUUUAUUUGUUUAUUUUACAGAGAAAUCUGUUUAUAACUAUCAAACUAUCAGCGUUUGGUUCAAUAUUAAUAUUUAUAAUAGUAUGUAUAAUAUAUAUUAAUAUUAAAAAUGGUCUUUUGUAUGUUUCGAGGGAGUUUUUAAUCCUAAGUAAUUGAUCUAAAGUUUAAGAGUUAAAACCCUUUUGAAAUAAUGCAGUUAGCAGGAAUCUGUGCCUCUAUGAUAAAUGAAACUUUUAUUUUAUUCAAAGUUCAGUAAAAACAAAUAUGAUAACUAUGAACUACCAUUGGAUUUAGAGAUCUGUAAUGACUGAAUAAUGUUUGUUCUGUGUCUGCAGCUGUACGGAAGAGAAGGAGUAUGGACCGUCCCAUAGGUCUGAAAACUUACUUUAAAUAACAUUUGAAACUUUAUUCACCGUGUCUUCAUGUUGAUAUAUCCUCACUAAAACAGAACCUUGGGCCCCUGUACUGACUCUUUACAAACAUGUUGCUGAUGUCAAAUUUAAAUUAGCAUUUUUUCCUCUUAUCCUUAUAAAUCAACCCUCAAACAUGGUCUUUGUUACGGCUAAUCGAGGACUCACACAGAAGUCCACUGACAAACACCUCUCAGGUUCAGAUAAGGCUAGGGUUGGGCUGUAUCCAAAUUUUGAUACCAACAUACCGUCUCCACAUUUUACUGUGGUGUACGGUAUUACUGUGACUAACUAAAAAUGAUGACUUAAGGCUCAGACAGCAUCACCAAACUGUUGACUUGUACUGACACCGUUUAGAAACCGAAUACCCAACACUAAUAAUGAAACAAUAACAACAUAAUGUGAACAAUAUUAACAAUUUCUGUUAGAAACAGCUUCAAAAGUGCAAAUACAAUGAUGUACUGCACCGGUAUCAGCGGGAGGCGUUGGGACUGCUGCACUGAGUGAACUCAGGAACAAAUGUAUACUCACAGCAGUGAGCGGGUGGUUAAUUCGGAGAUGCGUCCUUAAGUUAGAAGUGUUUGCAUCUCUCUUUCCGCUCAGAUACUCAGCUGUCUGUCAGCCUUGGAAUUUUUCAGAUUGAACAAACUUUCAAGAAUUUACAGUAUCGAGAAGCUGAGUAGCGCUCUACUGAUACCUCUUGUGUUUGGCAAUGACUGCCACCCUCACAUGGUUAUGACUACCGUAGGAAAUCCUAUAUAGGUGCACGCCCACAAUUCUCAGCUUUCCAACAUCAUUUAAAGUUUUCUGAUCGGUCAAACUUUGACAGAGUUACGGUAAUAACACUCCGGCCAAACCAAACAUAUCAUUGGGGCUAUGAGGGUAUUGAAACUGAUACCGUUGCUUUUGAAAGACACCGCCGGUUUACCUUAUUUCCUUAUCAUCGCCCAACCCUAGAGAAGGCCGGCUGUUAAUCCAAGUAACCCCCCUCCAGCUGUCUCCAUCAUUGCCCACAUGGGCAUGAAAUCCUCCUGAAGUACUAUGGAGUCUCCAGACGUAGCCCUCUCCACCGUAGGCCAAAGGUCUCUGAUAGACCUUGGAGUGAUGUCUGGAUCUGCAGCCGUAUGUUCUGGACACUCGAGUGGAGCGAGAAGCAGAGCUGUCAACUGAUAUGGACUUGACAAACACAAACAUGUAGAGUUGGUGAACUAAGAAUGGGACAGGGUCCUCAGGGUCUUGUCCAUGAGUGGGGAUUAUGGGUUUGAACCCUUACCUAAGGCCAUGAGCUCUGGGUCAUGACCAAAACAAUACGAUCACAGGUCCAGAAGGUAGAGAUGAGUUUCCUCUGGGAGAUAGAAGCUCAGACUCAGCUCAGGUGGUUCAGACCUACAAUAAGGAUGCCUUCUUGGCGCCCCCUGUGGAGGUGUUGUGGGCAUGGCCAGUGGGGAGGAGACGUCAAGGAAAGCCCAGAGCUCACUGGAGGGGUUAGAUAUCCCAUCUGGCCUGGGACUGCCUUGGAACCCCAGCUGGAAGGGCUGGAGGGAGGGGGUCUGGAGGUCUGGGUUGAGUUGCUGAAUGGAGAGUAGCUCUGCAGAGAGGUGGAGGUGUGCUCAGGUGUUGACUGGAACACCUGGAGCUCCUCUGAAGGUAGACUGCUGGAUGAGUCUGUGUGUAUCAGUAGAUUGUCCUCCAUCCCCUUAAUCCCAGUUUAGACUAGAUUAGACUGGAUUAUGAGCUAAUCUGUGAUGAUUCCUGUUCUGUGUCAGAUUUAAGACUGGUCCUCGUUGGGAAAACUGGAGCAGGAAAGAGUUCCAGUGGGAACACCAUACUGGGAAGAGACGCCUUCUGUUCAGCUGUCAGUCAGUCCUCAGGUGAGUGAACCCAGGUCAGAAUAAAGCUCUCUGAUUGGACUUUGAACCCCCAAAAGGGGGCGGGGUUUGGUUUGGUAUGUAGGCCUGCUCAGUCGUGAAGGAGAGGUCAGAGAAAUAAUCCCGUCAUAAAAAUAUCCUAGAUCGAUGUUGCUUCAUUAAAACAAACUGAUAAGGGUGGGGGGCCCGCCCUCUCCUGUCAUGUGACAUGCUGUCAUGGCGUCAUGUGAUGGUUGUCCAUGUUUGUGUCCUCAGUGAGCAGACAGUGCUGUAAGCAGACCGGACAGGUAUUCAACAGGGACCUGACCGUGAUCGACACCCCUGGACUCUUUGACACCUCCUUACCUAAGCUCACCACCCAGAGGGAAAUCUCCAAGUGCAUCAACAUGUCGGCGCCGGGGCCCCACGCCAUCCUGCUGGUCAUCAAGGUGGGGCCCUUCACUGGUGAGGAGCAAGGCGCAGUUAUGCAGGUGGAGCAGAUCUUUGGAGAAGAUGCCUGGAAGUACACCAUCAUCCUCUUCACCCAGGACCACGGGGAAAGCGCUGAGGUGGAGUGGCAGCUGAAGAAGGCGGGGCCUGAGCUGCAGAAGGUCCUGGGGAAGGCAGGACACAGAUACCACAUCUUCAACAACUCCAGAGCUAACGACCGUGGACAGGUCCUGGAUCUGCUGGAGAAGGUGGAGAAGAUGGUGUCUGAAAACAAAGGGCAGUUUUACUCCAACUACACCUACCUGCAGGUGGUGCAGCUGCUGGAUCAGAGGGAGGCGGAGCUUAAAGAGUUCUACAGGAAGAAGCUGCAGGAAGAAAUUACAGCUGUGGAGUUAAAGUACGAGCAGAAGCUGAGAGAAGCUCAGCAGGAACGUCCCAUCCUGGAGAGACGAUGGCAGGAGGAGGUGCAGGAAAUCAAGCGAUACUACAACUCUCUGAACGGCUCCACGCGGCGUGUUGUGGAGCAAACUGUGGCCUCUGACCCUAUAGAGGACAUCUGCAACUACCACAAGGCCCUGAAACUGACAAUCAGGCAGUAA